AUGGAAAGUAGCCUGGAGAUGGACCUUACGACCAGGCAACGAGGCGACGUUGCCAUUGCCUCGCAGGAACAGGCCUGCAAAAUGCGCGUUGCCAAGUCUGUGUUCAGCAUUCGAAGCCUUGUCGAUGUCAGUGAGGACAACUGUGAGGACUUUUUGGACAAGGAGAACGGAUCACAUACCGCAGGAGAAAAGGACCGUGGGCAGUCGAGAGAAGGAAGGGGUCUGUCGAUGGCAAAGAUCGCGCAAGUAAUAAAAUUAAUUCGAGUCUGGACAUUAAAUUUCGAAACGCCGGCAAUAAAUUCCAAUCAAGGGGUGGAAGAAGCAGAGAGAGAAAUAACAAUUGCGCCUCGGGCCGCGCGCCAAUUAGCACACGAUUGGUCGCUCGGCAAAACAAAAGACGGAGCCGCCGCCACGGCCGCCACGGCCAUCUUACGUUUUAUUAAAAUGCGCCCCCUCAACUUUUUAAACAAUUAG